AUGGCGGCGGUGUGGGACCUCCAGGGUCCUCUGGGUCUGGAGCCUGGCAGGAGGCAGUACGUGGGCAACUUUGGGGGGGCCAUCAUUCAGCCUGCCACAGGGGGCUCUGCCUGGGGCUCCUGCGGGGCCAUGCGGACUGUUUCUCUCUCCGUGUUUGGGGAGGGUCCUCCCUACCAGUCUGCAGUCCACUGCAAGACACAGGCCAGCCCAGCUCACAGAGACCCCACGAGGUGCUGCCCGCCCACCACCACCACCACCACCAUGCCUGAAGUGUAAAGAAAGCCCAAGAUCACUGCCUCCCGCAAACUGUUGCUGAAGAGCCUGAUGCUGGCCAAGGCCAAGGAGUGCUGGGAGCAGGAGCACGAAGAACGGGAGGCCGAGAAGGUGCGCUACCUGGCCGAGCGCAUCCCCACGCUGCAGACCCGCGGCCUGUCCCUCAGUGCCUUGCAGGACCUCUGCCGAGACCUACAUGCCAAGGUGGAGGUGGUGGAUGAGGAGAGAUAUGACAUUGAGGCCAAAUGCCUCCACAACACCAGGGAGAUUAAGGACCUGAAGCUGAAGGUGCUGGACCUCCGCGGAAAAUUCAAGCGUCCACCACUGCGUCGGGUCCGGGUCUCAGCUGAUGCCAUGCUCCGGGCCCUAUUGGGCUCCAAGCACAAGGUUUCUAUGGAUUUGCGGGCCAACCUGAAGUCAGUGAAGAAGGAAGACACAGAGAAGGAGAGGCCCGUGGAGGUGGGUGACUGGAGGAAGAACGUGGAAGCCAUGUCUGGGAUGGAAGGCCGGAAGAAGAUGUUUGAUGCCGCCAAGUCUCCUACCUCACAGUAGAGGCCGGCUUGCUGCACUGCGCUCUGGCCUCCCACUUCUCCCUCCUCCCUCCAGCCUUGGCUCACCCGCCUCUCUGCAUCCCACCCUGCAUUUCUGGAACAUCCCAUCCUGCUCCCACCUCUCCCCUCCAGCCUGAGUGCCCUCCUCUGGAACUGGGAUUAAACAGACACCCAAGAUUCUGAAGAGCUCACCCUCGCAGGGUGUAGACCCUGGCCAGCCGCGGUAUAGCCAAGCUGAGGAGGAAGGGAUUGUGAGAACACCUUCCCUCUGGCCCCGUGCUGCAUCCCGCCACUGCUUCUAUGACAUGUAGAGUGCCCCCAGGCAU